AUGAAUCCGGCUCCGUCCACAAUGGCGGUAUUACUGCUUCUUAUUAUUAUGCCAGAGCCGUUAGCAACGUGUCGUGUCGAAGAGUGUGCUCAGUGGUUUCAAAAAACUAAAGAGUACGAAUCAUUGAAGCCGACAUCUUCCGAACGAUACUGUCAAGUUCUAAGCACUUACCUGAAAUGUAUGAAUGAUACAAUGACGUUUUGUCAUGGAAACUUGCGAUUCCAUUCGUCUGAAUUAGUAAUGAGAAGAUCGUGGAAAGAAUUGAAUUGUAAUAGUUGGCAAAAGGUCAAUACUACAGAAUCGCAGCAUACAAAUAAAUGCUACUUCAAUCCUCCAACCCCAAACCGAAAAAUGAAGUUCUGUUCAUUUUUCGGAGAUCCGCAUCUCAUUCGAUUCAACGAAAAUUUUGAGACAUGUUCUGAAAAUGGCGCGCGGCCACUUAUUGACAAUAGAUACUUCCUGGUCCAGGUUACAAAUGACAACUUCCGUGGCGAUUCACUUACUACGACUAUAAAUAAAAUUACAAUUCUCAUUCGACGACAUAAUUGUACCGCUGCUUUGCGGUAUGAAGCAUCGUCGGAUGAGCAAGAUCUUCCACGUGGAUUUAAUGUGAUCGAUACUGGAAGCAUCGAUUCAAACGAAUUAUGCUUGUCGGGGUGCCGAAAAAAUAAUAUUAUUCCUGUUGCGUAUGCACUUACUGACCCUACGUCAUUUUCAAAAUGUUUUAAUAAAAAAAUUCAUGUGCCGAUAAAAGUGGCUGAAGAUCGAUGCCAUCAAAUUGGUGUUACACAUCAAUUUUUUCAGGCUUGUGUUUUUGAUUUAAUGCUUACCGGUGAUGACUAUUUAGUAUCUCUUGCCCAAUCCGUGCAUUCCGAUUAUUAUCGCUUCAACCUUCAUCGGCAUCAUCAUCACCAUCGUCACCAUCUCCAAAAAAAAUCCGAAAGCAAUGCUUAUAAAUGCUUGACCUCAACUGCUAAUGAAUGUCUCACAGCUUUGCUUUCUGAUCUCAACAAUAUGAUGUAA